CUCAUCGCAGAUUUUCAGUCGCAUUUCGCGGGUCGCCAUGUUCGGAUCGGAAGUGGAUUGAUUCUUGGCCCUUGGUCAGUUUGUCGUGCAAAGUUGUUCAUAGGUCGGUGAUAAGGCGCGCUUCGGUACUUCGGUCCGGACGAUCGGUCAGUCAGUGGUGAAAUUUUGAACCGGUGCCAAAAGUGAUCGUCAUUCGGCGGCGGUGGCGUGAUCAUCUAUAUCUGCUGGGUCGCAGACUCGGGGGAUCCGAAAAUAAAAAGGGGUCAAGCAACCCCACACCCCGUUCAAAGCGAAGGUUUCCGGUGCAAGUGUGUGGCGUCGAAUUUCCCUUUCGGUUUCGCGCAUGAAUGAUUUGGGUACGACACGAAGGGUACCCCCAAUUGCAUUGACGAGAGAAGACCUCGGCUGGUGUGUGAAGAAAAUUGGCUGUGGUGAACAGCGAAGUGAGUGUGGUGAAUUCAGAAAAGCUCUCUUGCGUUGAUCGACGUCGUCGUCGUCGGGAAAAUCUUCCGCUGAAGAAGGGUAUGAUUGUACCGAAGAAAAAAGCCGACGCUUGAUAUCUCUGGAUUGUGUGUGAACAGGUGUUUUCAUUGAUUCUACACGAGAAGACGCCGAGUACAAAGUUUCAAAAUGAUCGGCAUCGUGGAGGUGUUACUAUUCCUCUGCGUAGUUGGAUACUUCUUCAACAAGAGCAGAGGCACAGACAUGGUGGACAUAAUAUCCAACCGUGUGCAGGAGGCAUACGGCUCGUUCCGGCUGCCGGGCAUGUUCGGCACGACCCAAGCGGUGGAGGCCGGAGGUUUCUCCACCUAUGCCAUGCUCAAACGCUUCGGCGAGCAGAAGAAGCGCAAACGGCAGAUCGACAAAGAAAACGAUCGCAAGCUGCGAGAAGACAGUUUGUACCAUAUGAAGAACUCGCCCACGCCACACAUCUCGCUGGACAGCAAAGCGAUGCCCGGUAUGGCGUGCCGAUUCUGUUCGCCGGCAGAAAGUCAACCUCAGCUGGAUCAGGUGGACCGCCGGAGGACUGCCAUCGACAUUCUGCGGGUCACAUCGCACGCUGGACGGCGAACGAACAGUUCCCCUACGGAUUGGGGCGUCUGGUGUCCCCAUUUGGCGCAGGCCGCCCGGGUGAAGAAGUAUGACUAUCCACAGGUGGCCGGCGCAGUGCUGGGCGAGGAACGGGUUCAACAGGCGCUGGAAACGGCCGCCAAGGAGUCGGUCAACGAGAAGCGACAGGAACUGUUGGAUGCCGGCCAGAGCGACGAUACGUUCGAUGAGGAUGCGUACUACAACGAGACGAUGCGGAAGCACGAAAAGAGAGCGCACAGGGUCCUAAUCGGUAUGCGCUCCAAACUGUCCGACAUGGUGCUGCGCAUCACGUCCUGGGUGCUGUACAAACUGCUUCCGUGCUUCCUGUCCGGAGUGGCGGCCCAUCCCGGUCAGGUGGACAUGAUCAAGCGUGCGAUCGCCAAAAACCCGGACGCUCCGUUGAUCUUCCUGCCACUGCAUCGAUCCCAUCUGGACUACAUCAUGGUUAGCUUCAUCCUACUGAAUCACGACAUCCGUUGUCCGCUGGUGGCUGGCGGCGACAACCUGCGGAUUCCCGUUUUCGGAAACAUUCUCCGAUACGAUGGGGCGUUCUUCAUCAAGCGAAAGAUCGAUCCCCUGACCGGGAAAAAGGAUCACGUCUACCGCUCCAUUUUGCACACGUACGUGCAAAAGGUGUUAACUGCGGGCCACAACGUGGAGUUCUUCAUCGAAGGCGGUCGAACCAGAACCGGAAAACCCUGUAUGCCAAAGAGUGGAAUCCUAUCGGUCAUAGUGGACGCGUUCAAUGACAAGAGCAUCUCGGACGCACUGCUCGUUCCCGUGUCGAUCAACUACGAGAAGCUGGUCGAUGGAAACUUUGUGCGCGAACAGCUCGGCCAGAAGAAGGUCCCGGAAAGCUUCUCCUCGGCGGCGGCCGCCAUCAUGAAGGUUCUGAAGGCACGCUACGGUCUCAUGCGGAUCGACUUCAACGAACCGUUCUCGCUAAGCGAACUUGUCAAGUCGCUGCGCAAAUCGGAAACGGGUGGCAGCUAUGCUCCCGAGAAUAGACGCCUGCAGCACAAACCAUCCUCGUCGUCCCUGUUUGGGACGGACGUUGUCCAGGAGGAGCAGGAACUCCGUACCUUGGUCGACAACAUUGCCCGACACGUAGUAUACGACUGUGCCAAAGCUACCUCGGUUAUGACCACCAACGCAUUGGCCUUCCUCCUGCUGAAUCGGUUCCGUGACGGCGCACCCCUGGCGAUCCUCACCGAAGCACUCGAAGAACUACGUAGCUACCUGAACACAACCUCACGCGACAUUGGCUUCACCGGUGCGUCUGAAGACAUCGUGAAAUACGCAGCCGAUUUGUUAGGUCCCGGUUUGGUCACAAAGGAGAAGCGAGCGGGUCAAAUGUUCUUCAAACCGGUCACCAUGAUUCCCAACGUGAUCGAACUGGCAUACUAUUCCAACAGUUUGGUACCCCACUUUGCCCUAGACUCGAUUGUGAUCACCGUUGCCAGUUUUCUGAAAAGGCAAGCGGAACAGAGGCUGCGCGAGCAGCAGAAAUCCAUCGAAGAUGUCAGUAUUGGUCGGCAGGAGUUGUUCAGCACCUGUCUAGAGUUCUGUGAUCUGCUCAUGUACGAGUUCAUCCUAUCGAAACCUUGCCAAAGCUUGGAGACGUUGCUGCAGGACUGCUACCACAGGUUGUGCAUAAUGGAACUGCUUUUGCAACCGGAGGUUGAGUACACUGAGGAACAGCAUCGCGCUCGCCGUCUGGCGGCCAACCUUGAGCUGGAUGAACUGAACGAUGGCAGCUACAGCGAGGAUGAUUACUUCGACGAACAAAUCGAUCAGGAAGAGGAAGAACGGGUGUUCCUACCAGCCGAGAAGCACUGCGAUCGGAUAGUGCUCCAAUCGGUGCUGGCUCCGUUCACCAACACGUACGCAGCCGUUGCCAGCAGUCUGAAUCAGCUACUCGGCGGCAACUCGAUGGUCGAGGGCGAAUUCAUCAAGCAGUGCAUCAAGGAGAUUACUUCCCGGGUUGAAUCGGGCCAGUGCAAGUAUGGUGAGAGCAUAUCGACCGACACCGUUCGCAACUGUCUGAAGGUUCUCGAGAAACGAUCCGCCAUCGAAAUCGUCAACAACAAUGGCGUCCGAUUGGUAUCGCUGGCGCCGGCCUUCGACUCCCCGACGGAAGUGCAAACGAUAAUCCAUUCGAUGGAGAAGUUUGUCCCCAUCUAGGACACAUAAGCACAGACCUACUAGAGUACGAAAGAGAAGCGAUGCGCACAGUGCGCUGUUGUCGCUACAUAUUCCGAUAAGAGAUUGCGAGACUGUUUUUGCUGUGACCCAACACGAAUGGUCCCGUACCCCUCCCGGAUUCCUAUCCUCGUUAACCUAGAGUGUGACUGGCGAUGAAUGAGUGGCAAGAGUGCGACCAACGUAGAAGGAAACCCAUUUCAGGUAACCGAACUACAUAUUACCAGUUUAUAGUCUUUUCGGAUUCGAAAAGAUGAGAUGAGAGAGCAUUUUUUGUUAAACUUCCUGCUCAAUAAGUUAGCAAGUGGGCGAAGCCAGAGUUUCCUUGAUUAUUUCCGAGUUUUAAGUAGGUAGGUAGUCGAAAACAGACCAUAAAAACCGACCUGACCUUCAUUUACCAAAUACGACAUUAAGUUAGGUAGCAAGUUCUUCAGCGUUCUCCCUUUUAAAGAGGACAAACUGAAAGGACCUAUUGAAAUUUGAUUUAAAAGAUUAACCGAUAUUUGUGUCUACAAUACAUAUAGUCUUGUAAGUGAGACAAGUGCGCGCAAUAAAAGAAGUGAUCAUAACCAACUUUACUAGUGGUAGUGAUACGUAAUCAACCGUA